GAGAAAAGGACGGCUUCCAGCAUUUUACGGUUUCCACGACAACGGCAGCCGGGAUAUCCGGCGUUCCGGGGUUGCUAGGAGACGAAGAUUCGAAGUUUACAGAGCGGCCUCUUUAGUUGUAACUGUAAAAGUUUUCACCUGGCUGUGAGGUGUGUGCAGACCGAGCGACGGGACGGCACCAUGGCGUGUACAGUUCAGGAAAAGGACUCUGAGUUUGAAGAUUCAGCAGAAGAGGAUCGUGGGAUAAAUAUGUCAGUGCCCCUUCUUACCUCUGAGAAGAUGGAUGAAAGAAAAAGAGACCAUUGUGAUUACCUCCUGGAUGCUAUAGAUGAACAACUCGAUCAGCUACAGUCAUGCUCCAGUUUCAAGGCUUCUCUCAGAAGCACCGAUGAGACCAAAGGCACAAGUGCAGCAGAUAUGGAGCAACGGCAUGAAGUCAGCUCUCAGGAGUCCAAAGAAGGCCUUACCUCUAAAUCUGGUGAGCAGAGGAGAGAUACCGAGACUAAGAAAGAUGAGUACAAAUGGAGGUUAGCACAGUUCCUGGGGCCCGACCAGGCAGACAACCAGGAGUACCAGAGUGAUUCCAACUCUGCAGAAAGUGUCUGCACAGAGGACUUUGCAGUAAAGUUCAAGCAAGGAAUGGUUGAACCAAUUGCUUGUGGUGGGGACAAGGAAGAUGAACAAGGAAGACAUUUUGAAGAUGAUUCUGAAAACGUGUCUCUCUCCCUUGCAUUAUGUGAAGGCACGGGGGACCAUUUUGCCCUAAAUACAGCAAGGAGAGAAGAUAUCUUGCAGCAGUUUAAGGAGGAGCUAGAAGAUGACUUGCAAGCUGCUCUUAAAUUCAGCGCAGAGGAGACGGUUGCACUGGAGCACAGGAAAAGGAGAGACAGCAUAGAGUCUCUAGGGGGACAGAUCUCAAGAAUGAGCCAAGUAUAUACUUCUGAGCCUUCCAGCAUUCACAGUUUGGAGAUUAAGGGUUCUAUUGUCAGUCAUUUAUCUUCAAACCGUGAAUUUCAGGUUGUCAGGGAAGAUCAGGUGAUGGAUAAAUAUCCAGAGCAACAAGAUCAUGUUCCCAAUGUAUCUUCACAUGAUACACCUUCCUUUUUUCCAAAAGUAACAAUGAGCUCUGAAACUCAUGUAGGUAAAAUGGAAUGUAUAAAACCAGACAUUUCGAAGGACCUUAAUCAUACGCAAGAUAUGUCCUCUCAAAUAGACACAUUGGAUGGAGUCUACACCAUAAGAUCUGAAGACAAUAAAAAAUCCUACACAGAGGUUGUCACAAAAAAUGAAGGUCAUCUGGAACCUGAUGGCUCCUGCGCUCUCCCAAAUUAUAGGAGGGACAUAGAUGGAUCAGCGGUAAAUCUAAUUUCUGGUGAAAAAACAUUUUUCAGUGAAAGGGAAGUGCUACAAUCCAAAGAAGAGAGCAAACAAUUAUACUCCCAGCUAAAUACAAGUGGUACAUUCAGUUUAAGUGUAAAUGAAGAAGUCCCAGGUCGGAUCCAUGAAGAUUCUACUCUGAAGGAAGACCAUACGGCCUCUGCAGCAUACAAACUUGUGGCUGGGGUCCCUUUGAAGAGUUUUGAUGCAGUCACAGUUGACAGCGAUUUGGACUCGGUGACAACAGAGAGGGUGCGAGAUCAUAUUCGUAAAGCCCUGAGCAGCAACAAGAGAGAUCCUGGCCACAGCAAAAGAAGAGGCCUCCGUGAUAGGGAUGAUUGCGGAAGAUACACUGGCUCUAGCAAGGUUACCACUGAUGAUGAAGAUGAAGAGGCCUUUGAUAGAACUUUCACCUCAAGAGAAUGGAGGAGUGGAAGCCCAAAACGGUGGAGUUCAAGUCCACUUAAAUCAACUGAUUCGUCCAGAGAUCGCAAUGCUAAGGGACCUACUAGUGAUUUUUUGUGUUCGCCUGAACAGGUACAGAACAGGAGAAUCAUAGAAAAGCUUUUAGCAGAGAGGGAGAUUUUGGAAGGAACUGUUGCCAAACUUCGCCGGGAAUUCACAUUUGAGGAGGAGAGAAUAUCCCAGAGGAAGGCUCAGUACCGAGAAGCUGAUCAGCAUUUAAAUGAUGCCCUGCAACAAAAAAAGGAAGCUUAUAAUGAGCUAGAAUCCCUGCGUGAUUUGCUAGAAAAGACUCAGAAAGAAGUAGUGAAAAUGGAGACACAUCUGAGGGAAAGUCAAAUUACAGAAGAAGACUUCAGGAGAGAGUUGGUGAUCCUGGAAUACAAACGCAGUGAAUGCAUGAAGGAACUGCAAGAACUAGAGCUGGAACUAGAAUCUAUACGGCAGCAAUGUUCCAGCACACACAGUGGUCAGAUAACAAGCUUUCAGUAUGAGAUCUCCUCCUUAACUACGGAACGGGAGGAGUUAAAAGCCCGCAUAAGGCAUAUGGAGGGCAGCAUUUCAUUUAUGGAGCGCCAGGAACUGGAACGACAGCUCAACAACAUUAAAUCGGAACUGUUCUCUGAGCAGAGGACAGCCAGAGCCAAGAUAGAGAAACUACAAGAGAAUUUGGAAGAGUCGCAGUGUAGACUGGAGGAAACCAGGGCAGAGUGUGCAGAAAAGCAGGGAAAUAAUAAGCAGUUAAAGUCUCAACUCCGUGAACUGGAAAAGAAGUUUGAGACCCAGAUACAGAUCCAAGAGGAAGAAGCCAUGAAACAGCAAGAAGCCUUUACUCAACAGAUUGAUGACCUAAGUAGCCAGGUCAGAGAUCAGAACACAAGAAUAGCUUCUCUGGAAAAGAUUCUUUCUGAAAAGGAACUGGACCUGCUGAAACAGAGAGAUGUCAUAUCAUUCAUGAAGGCUGAAAAAGAAGCCCAGGCAUUGGCUACUGAAGCAUUAAAGGAGGAGCAUGGCAAGCGUAUUGCUGAACUGCAGAUCCAUCAUCUACAGGAUAGGGAGGCACACAUUGCAAAACUGAAGGAGGAAAUUCAAAAUCAAAACCAGAAAGAGCUCCAACAGUUUGCAGAAGGGAUGGAGCAAGUGAAAGCAAAAGCUCUUGAAGAUCAAGCAGAAUCCCUGAAGAAGGAAAUGGAUAAAGUAGUAAAUUCUCUGGAGAUGAAGGAUAAAGAAAUAACAAAACUGAAGGAUGGUCUCAAGUCACAGAAAGAUACAAUGAAGAAGCUGGCUGUAGAAUUAAAACAAGAAGCAAGAGAGUUGGUGCACAAUACACUGCUGCGGGAGCAGAAGAAGUGGGAAAAUGAAAAGAGAGAUGCACUUCAGAUACUGAGGCACACACUGGAAGAAGAGAAGCUACGAGACCUAGCAGAUCUGAGAGAUGCUUUGGAAAGGGAGCGCAGGACAUCUAUGGCACUGGAGAAGACAUCUGCUGACCUCCAAAAUAUAAUUCAGGAGCAUGAGAUUCACCAGCGUGCUCUACAGCGUGAGAAGCAAGAAACUCUGGAUGAACUAAGAGUGGUACUGAAAGAAGAGAAGCAAGAGGAGCUGAGGAGGCUCGAACAGGAACUUAUACAAGAAAAGGAGCGGGACAUGGAACGUCUAAAGCACAGAAUUCAGGAAAUGGAGAAUGAGCAACAUGUACUGAGAGCAGAAAAGAAUGAAUCCGUUUUUAGAGAGAGAGAAGCACUGGCCCAGGCUGAACGAUCAGAGAGAGCCUUGGCCAGAGAGAUCAGCACAGCAUGUGAACGUAUCCAUUCUUCUCCAGGGUGGUCUAAAAUGCAGAGCCCAUCACACAGCAGACACGGGAGUCCAUCCCGCCUGUCCACCAACCAAGCAUUACAGAUGCUGCAUGGUGUAAGUGAGGAAACCAACCAGUGCAUCCAUGAGCUACAGCAGGAAGUUGAGGCACAAAAGCGCACCGUCCUUCAUGUGCAAAGAGAGAAGGAACGAGAGCUGCAACAGUUAAAAGAACAGCUGCAAUUGGAGAAGGAGAAAGCACUGGAACUGUUAAAGGAAAGACUAAUACAGGAGCACAUAGAGGAAAUCACCAAUUUACAGAGAGAUCAGCUCCGGGUGUCAGGUGGAGCGGAAAACCAAUCUAUGCGGCAGCAACUUCGGGAGAAGGACAAUGAGCUGAGAGCCAUUCAGAGGAACAUGGGCAAGUGGAAAGAUGAGACUGCUACAAAACUUGCCCGGAAGUUUGAAGAGGAGCUCAAUGCUGAACUUGAAAAAAGUUUGUCCAGAAGCAAAGCAUCAGAGGGUCACAGGAAUCCAGAGAGAGCUGGCUCAGCCAUUCGCAGGCUGUCACUGGAAAGAAGGGAGAACUCGCAUUUGCGCUCAGCUUCUACACCUUCCCUUAAUGGAAACGCAUCGCAGCAUGAUUUCAGUGCUUUAAAGAUAUUGAGGAACCUGCAGGGAAGAGUCAGAGAACUGCGGGCGGAUAACAGACCAUAUCAUGGAGGAAGCAUGGAGGAUCUGACUAUGCUGAGAACUGAUCUGGGACACUCCUACAGAGACAAAAGAUCCAUAAUUAUGGAACGUUCGCUAUCUCAUGGAGGUAUGAGGAAAUAGUUGUUUAGGAUUUUGUGAAGCGUCACUUCCAAUCAAGAGUAACAAACAACUCCACAAGGAUUCACCCCUCUGGAAUUCCUGCAAUCUGCCUCAUCAUUUUUUCUAUUAUCAAUACAUUUGCCUCUGCCAGUACAUAGCCCUUCAAGAAAUGGGAGCCACAGCUGUUCUUCUCUAAUCCUGUGUUCAAAUAUACACUCGUGGAUGGGAGCAGAUAGAAGAGCAGCAUUGGCGUGGGUGGUCAGAUAUAAUGGCUACAAGCCAUGUACCAAUAUAAUAUACAAUGUGAAAUUAUAAAAAAUCAUAAGUAUGAAUGUGGAUGCCCCCCACUGCAAUGGUAGGUUUUUGAGCCUGGAGUUGGGCUUUUAGUAAGUUUGCAUUAAAAAACUCUUCAAAUAUCAAUUUAACAUAUUUUUGUUUUACUUUUACGUUCUUGCAGUUUUUUAAGCUCCAGACAACUGAAUAUGCCUAGCUUAAUAUAAUCUUAGUCUGCUGCAGCCAUGAGGAAGCAUUUCCUCAGUCUCUUCUCCCCCAUUAAUGCACCUAGAAGCAGUAUGGCCUACGUGUGCUGCGGUGUAGUUUUGAUGCUGCAAUAUACGUAUAUUUUAGAACACAUCCACUCAUGUAGGUACCUUCUGCAGAUACUUAUUCAUCAGGCCUUGUACACACGAUCAGUCCAAACCGAUGAAAACGGACUGAAGUUCAGUUUCAUCAGUCCAA